AUCGAUAGUGAUGAUUCGAUAUAAAAUAACAACAAACUUCUUUAUUUUGAGGUUAAUGUAUAAAACGACUAAAAACAUGCCUAAACCUAAUAAUUUUGAACAGGUUCAUAGUUCUUCCAGUGACACAAACAUUGAUUGCAAAUAAACUUUGUUUCACUAGGCAGUGAUAUUAAGAGUGAAUAAUGUGUUUAGAAAUUUUGCCUACCAAGGACUAGCCAGUGCAUACACAGACUUUCAUUGAGGUAUUUGUUUUAUAAUACUAUAAAAACGUUUUUCAAAGUUUAUCAACAUGGGAAAACACGAAGUAGGAACACCAAAGUACAUAGCCAACAAAAUCAAAGCUAAAGGAUUGCAAAAGUUGAGAUGGUAUUGUCAAAUGUGUCAGAAACAAUGUAGGGAUGAGAAUGGAUUUAAAUGUCACACUACCUCUGAAUCACAUCAGAGACAACUUCUCAUAUUUGCCGAUAAUGCAGACAAGUACAUUGACGAGUUCUCCAAAGAGUUUGAGGAGGGUUAUUUGGAGUUGCUGAGUCGACAGUUUGGAACCAAACGCGUACCCGCCAACCGUGUCUAUCAAGAUUACAUUGCGGAUCGCAAUCAUCUUCACAUGAACUCAACCCAGUGGGAAACAUUGACCGACUUUGUCAAGUGGUUAGGUCGGGAAGGGAAGUGUGUCGUGGACGAAACAGAGAAAGGCUGGUUUAUUACUUACAUUGAUAGAAAUCCAGAAACUAUAGCUCUACAAGAAGCAAUGGCUAGGAAGGAGAAGAUGGAUAAAGACGACCAUGAAAGGUCGAUGAAGAUGUUGGAAAAGCAAAUUGAACGAGGAAAAGAUAAGUGUAUCAACAAACCUGAAGCUACAGUCCUACUGCGGGAGUCCGAAGAUGAGAAACUACAAUUUGCCAUGCCUGCAAAAAAGGACGAAAAAGUAAAAUUUGUCCCCCUGAACAAACUGAAAUUACCGGGACCGUCAACUAGUGGCAUGAAGAGCAACGAAUCACUCAAAGACAAAAAACCCGAGAAAAGGAAGCUUUCAGCUCUAGAGGAAAUCAAACAAGAAGAGGAAGCUAAGAAAAAGAUGCAAAAGUUCAAAGGGAGAGACGAUUCAUGGCUGAGUUUGAACAUAGUUGUCAAAGUGAUGACUCAGAGUCUAGGAGACAAAUACUAUAAACAGAAAGGCUACGUCAAGGAUAUAAUCGACAGGUAUGUAGCAGUCAUUGUUAUGCUAGAUAGUAAUCACAAACUAAAACUUGAUCAGGAACAUUUGGAAACUGUUAUUCCAGCUAUUGGAAAAAGAGUGAAGUUGCUAAAGGGAAAAUACAAAAACUGUGUGGCUGAGAUGCAGGGGUUGGAUGUGGAAAAAUUCUCAGUCAAUGUUGUGAUAUGUGAGGGAAGUUUCAAAGGACAAACAGUGGAUAAUUUGCCUUAUGAAAGUGUGAGCAAACUUUACAGUGCAUAGCAUAGGCUUAACUCCUUUAAUACUCGAAUACCUUUUUUUAUUAAUCAAAAACAUUAACCCACUUAUAGAAAAAGUAAACAUAGAAAUUCCGUAUUAAAAAGUUGGCUCAACUCACACUUACGCGACUCAGGUCGAGAAGAAACUCGACUUUAGUCGAGAGCAUGUGUUUUCAAAUGGUGACAGUCGCGGAGACUAGAAUCAACUGGUCUGAGUUUCACCAUUUGGUCUCUUCUCGACCCGAGUCGCGUAAGUGUGAGUUCAACCUUAAUGGGCAUCUUCAAACCCAAAUAAAACUAAAUUUGAUAUUUGUGUGUGAGUAAUGUCAAAAUAGCUUACCGCUCUUUUUUAUACAUCUCUUCAUAUUUGUAUGUGUAGCUCAUAGUGCUAAAAGAAGUACAAUCAUUAUACUCCACAGAAAUUCCUUAUCUAAGUACAGUAAUAUUCAAAUAAGUACAACAGAAUAGUGCAAAGAAUGGUUCCAGCUUUGGGAAAUGUAUUAGUUUCCUUGAUUCAAUCAGGGAUGCUGGCAGUGUACAUUAAUUAAUAGACUAUUUCGAAUUUCAAAAGCAUGAAUUUUCUUUUUUUUAAUAUAUCCAAUUAGUAAAAUACUUUUUUCAAAAGCAAUAGGUAAUAAUCCUACUUGAUAUUAAAAAAUUAUCAACUAAAUUAACUCUGUAAGGGUGGGUAAAAGAAAAGAAAUGGUUUUUGAAAAUAACGAAUCAAUAAAUUAUUUAUUACGAAUUAGAAUUUAUUACGAAAUAGAUGUCAUGUAUGACAACUCCUGAGCUACUUCUUCAACUAGAAUGCCAACUCCCAUCUACUUUCAAUUGGAAUUUAAAUUAAAAAUUAAUGACACUACAUCAUCUUUUAUGCCUCAACUAGAAAUUCAAUUGAAUGUUCCAACAAAGCCUGACAAUUUUCAAGAUUUAAUAACCGAAGUUUCCUUAUACAUAAUCUAGGUAUAAUAAAUAAUUAAUAGAGACGUAUCUUGCCUUCUUUAGAUAUUUUAUAGAACCUUCAACCAAAUUCAGAUAAGCUAAAUUUCUUAAUGUGAUUGAUGUUUUCAUGUAAAUAAACAUACACUACCAUUUUAAA